AGGCCCUGCGGGGGGGAAGAAGGUGAGGGAUGUUUUAACUGGAUAGCAGUACUGUCUGGGUUUAGAGACUCCACAGAAGACCCGAGUGACGGACGAGAGUCGAGUUGGACCUUCCGGUCGGGAAUCACGCUUUUUUGAAGGCAAUUGGUUGGAGUCGAAAUCGCAGACGCAAGAUAAGCAAGACUCCACAGAAGACCCGAGUGACGGACGAGAGUCGAGUUGGACCUUCCGGUCGGGAAUCACGCUUUUUUGAAGGCAAUUGGUUGGAGUCGAAAUCGCAGACGCAAGAUAAGCAGAUAUGGGAUGAACGUGAUGAAGAAUCAGACUGAUACCCUCCUCCGCAGUUCUCCGAGCUCAGAUAUUCAUUUAAAAAAUCUCAUCAUCAUUUCCGGCACGAACCUUUAAAACGCACAGCGGAGGCAUCAGCGCCCAAUACCGCACAGAGAGCGACGAGUUCGUUCCACUGCAGCUCUGCUCAAAUACAAUAUCUACCAAACAAGUAAGCUUUCAGAGAAACAGAAGAAAUGAAGAUCCUCCUCUUAACUUUACUGCUGUCAUUCAGCACUUCUGAUGAGGUGAAUCUGUUGCAUUACAGAAAGAUGCACAAUACAAGCAAAGCAGGUAAAUGCAUGGAAUCACCAUUUGAAACCUACAGAAGAGGUGAUGUUUGGCUGCGGAUUCACAGAGGCAAGAUCCAGAAAUGCAGAUGUGGACGAAGAGCAAUUUGUUAUGACAUACACACGGAAGAAUGUGCUACAAACAAUUGCCUAAAUGGGGGAAGCUGUGCACAACAUCUUCAUUCAGAAUAUUACGUCUGUCGAUGUCCACAUGGAUACACUGGUAAACUCUGUGAGAUAGAUAUUAAAUCCCAGUGCAUUACUGAGAGUGGAAGAAAUUACAGAGGCACAAGGAACUACACAAAAUCUGGCUCUCAGUGCUUGAGAUGGGAUUCAGCUGCUGCCCGUGUAAGAAACUACAACGCAAGAAGAUCAGAUGCAUUGAAUUUGGGUCUUGGGAGUCACAAUUACUGCAGGAAUCCAGACAACGAUGAAAAGCCUUGGUGUUAUAUUGAAGGAAAAAAGAACUGGGACUUCUGUGAUAUUCCAAAAUGUCAGACAGAAAUUAAGUCAAAGUGUGGCAAAAGGUGGCAUAAAAUGAAGAAGAUUGUUGGAGGACUUGGAGCCACAAUUGAAUCUCACCCUUGGCAAGCAGCACUUUAUAUUACUAGAGCAAGAUCCGAUAUUCCGGCUUUUCAAUGUGGAGCAAGUUUGAUUCAUCCAUGCUGGGUUCUGACAGCUGCACACUGCAUUGUCACCAAUGCUUCCCCUGCAGACUACAGCGUAUUACUGGGAAAAUUUUCGAUCAGUGAACAUGCUAAGAAUGAACAAAGCAUUUCUGUUGAAAAGAUAAUUAUUCACCAAAGGUUCAAUGAACAUACAUAUGACAACGAUAUUGCACUGUUGAAGCUGAAAUCUCAAUCAGGAAUGUGUGCAAAGACUACUAAAUUUGUACAAACUGUCUGCCUGCCUCUGGAACACCAAAGACUUGCUGAUGACACCCAAUGUGAAAUUUCUGGUUAUGGUAGGGAAAGUGCAUUUUCGCCUUUCUUCUCCAAAUUCUUGAAAGAGGCAAAAGUGUACAUAGUUUCACAGCAAUUAUGCGAGUCCUCUCAGUACUAUGGAAAGAAGCUGACUGGCAACAUGUUGUGUGCUGCUCACCCUGAAUGGACUGCAGAUUCUUGUAAAGGAGAUUCUGGGGGACCUCUGGUUUGUGAAAAGGAUGGACUAAUGUAUCUUCAUGGAGUAAUCAGCUGGGGAGAAGGGUGUGCCCGAAAAAAUAAACCAGGAAUUUACACAAGAGUAACAAAUUACUUACAGUGGAUUAAAGAAACCAUGGCUGCCUGAUCUGAAACUUUUAAAAUCAUUUCCAGUAAUAUUCAUCCAACUUACCUGGUUUUACUUCUGAAAUAUAUAAUUGUGGAUUUAUUUUGCAAAGAUGAAUGAGCUACACACUUUGCUGCUGCAAAAACUUUCUGCUUUUUUCUGCAUCAGACAGAAUACCUCUUUGUAUACUUAUCAUUUUGUGUAGCUUUAAGAUUUGACAAAAUAUAUAAAGAUUAAUUUUAAUUGAUGUAUGGCAAAAAAUCUAAGAUGACCUUAUGUUCAAAAUACUUUGAUUUUGUUUAAUUAAAAUUAAUUGAUAAGAUUGGCAAUAUUACUGUGCACAGUUUGCUUUACAGAAAUGCAAAACAUGAAAUUCAAAUCUAGAACCACAGGCUGUAGGAUAAAGCUGAAUUGAAAAGACAGUUUUUUUUCUGAGUAUCAAGAAAUUUUAAGCUUGGCAAGCCUGCUUUUCUCUAUCAGUGAGAGUAGAGUCAAAUUACACUUUUCUGAUGCUGAAAAAGUCAGUUGAUUGGAUUCAAAUGGCAGAUUACUUCCACACGUUUAUGAACAUUCCAUGUGUUUUAUCUUUUAUUGAGCAAAUUUAGAUUGUCCUGUUAGUAUUUCAUAAUGGUAAUGAAUAAAAUAU